AUGAGAGUCCCUGCCAAUCGCACAGCUCGUAAUGCAUACGACGACGAAAAUGGAUCAUGGAGCUCAGGAGGAGGUGGCGGUGGUGGAGGAGGAUCAGCAGGAGGACACGGUGGUGGUGGUGGUUACACUGGAGGCGGCACCGGAGGAGCUAGUGGAGGAUUUGGUGGCAGCGCCACCGGCGGAUCAGGAGGAGGGUCCUCUGGUGGUGGCCGUACUGGAGGCGGUGGCGGUGGAGGAGGUGGUGGAAAUGACUGUACAGCUUGCUGCUCUGGAGGAGGUGCUGGACCAGCAGGACAGCCAGGACCUCCAGGAAGACCUGGAAACCCAGGAGCACCAGGAGCACCCGGACAGCCCGGACGUCCAUCAACUCAACCUUGUCCGAUUCAAACUCCUCCUCCAUGCCGACCAUGCCCAGCUGGACCACCUGGACCACCAGGACAAGCAGGGCAGCCAGGACCAGCUGGAAGCAACGGAAACCCAGGGCAGCCAGGAAACCAAGGAGGACAAGGACAACCAGGACCCAAAGGACCUCCCGGUCCAGCAGGAAGCCCCGGACAGCCAGGAGCACCUGGACAACCUGGAGAAAAUGCUGCUUCAAGCCCAGCAACCCCAGGACUGCCUGGACCCCCAGGACCACCAGGACCCCCUGGACCUCCCGGACAAGAUGGACAACCUGGUAAUGCAGGAGGAGCUGGCCAGCCUGGACCUAAGGGACCACCUGGAGGAGAUGGACAACCUGGAAAUCCAGGAAACCCUGGACGCCCGGGAGACCGCGGAGCCCCUGCCGGACCUGGAGAGCGCGGAAUCUGCCCCAAAUACUGCGCAGUGGACGGAGGAGUUUUCUUCGAAGAUGGAACGCGCCGCUAG